AUGCGUGUACCGGCGCGCCUCCGAACAGUCCGAGCAGCAACUGAGAACAGAGCGCAAUCACGCAACGUCAUUCAGAAAAUUGAAAAAGAAAAUGAGUCGGAUAAACCACCACUAUAUCAAAUCUACGAAGUACUCAAUUUUGAUGACGCCGAAGCGCAUCAUGGUCUCAACAGAAAUGACUUGAGAGGUAAUGCCUCCAUACCGGCAUGGAUCUGGCCCGUGGUGCGGCUGGUGCCGAACGAAGGGUUCGACAAACACCAUGAUUCGCCUGACAGAUUAAAACAGUUAUUGAAGAGUAGAUACUUCCACGAAGACGAGGCACCCUGGCACUUCCCAACAGUCGUCACCAAGCGAUACCCUUCCCUUAACGGUGUGGAGUACAGCGAGGUGCCCACGGCCCGCCCCGACUCGUCCACGUCGGCGGUGUGGUUGGCCGCGCCACUCCUCACUUUCUUUCUUCUGCUUCUGCUAGGAAUACUAAUAAGAAAGAUUAUUCGUUGUCUGCUAGCCCCACAACACAACACCUGCCUCCUCAUAGAGCAUUUAGAAGAGCAACAAAGGUCAAACAGCUUAGAUUUACCUGUCACCUCACAUGAACGAAACGAAGACGAUCUCUCCGUAACGCUCUCAGUUGAGUCACAAUACUCUGACCAGAGCGACAACGAAACUGACUUGCCGCCGCCUUAUUCCGAGUGUGGGACCAACCGCACUGAGACCAACAACCUCGCCUUCUCCGAGGAACUACCUCCGUCGUACUCCACAUGCCUUGAAACAUUCAACAGCAUAGAUGAUAUACUGAAGGUACACAAAGGGCUGAAUGUGGAAGAGCCACAAGCUCCUCCUGAAACAGCUGCACAUCUCAACAAUAUAGACGAUACAGAUAGAAGCAAUAUCGAACAAAAUAGUUCUAGAACAUUAAGUACAGUGGUUGAUACAACGAAUUUAGAUAAUAGACUAGUCGGCAGUCAAGGUGGAUCUGAAAAUGUUGAGUAG